AUCAUCGAGAAUGCCACAGUGGUGAGUGCAUGCGUCGUCAUGGGGCCAGGAAACCCUUGAGCGUACAGACAACUGACACGACAACACAUAGGUCACGGCAUCCGAUGUCCAUGCACGGCAAGAUAUCGUGGUCCAAGACGGCAAAAUCCUAGCCGUAGGCCAGAACCUCAAGUCUCUUUUUUCGGCCAGGACAGUGAUAGAUGCGCAACAUGGCUUCGUCAUGCCGGGCGGCGUUGAUUCCCAUGUGCACCUUGACCAGGAUAACUCCCCAACAGGAGACAACUUUGAGACCGGCACGCGAUCAGCAAUUGCGGGUGGCACCACAACCAUCAUCGCAUUCGCUACCCAGGAACGCACCCACCAGUCUCUUCACCCAGUCGUAGAGGACUAUCACUCACGCUCCAGGGGAAAGUCAUACUGCGACUACGGCUUCCAUAUCAUCCUCACAAAUCCAACCUCAACUAUCCUCCGCGAUGAGCUUCCAUUCUUUGUUAGCGAGGGCAUCACCUCUGUGAAGCUUUACAUGACCUACGAACCCCUUCAACUGAAAGACGGCGAAAUUCUAGACGUCAUGAUGGCCACCAGGAACCUGGGCAUGACAACCAUGGUCCACGCCGAAAACAGCGACAUGAUAACCUGGAUAACGGCCCGCCUUGCAGAGCAGAAACUCACGGCGCCAUACUACCAUGCCAUCAGCCGGCCCAAUAUCGCCGAGGAUGAGGCGACGUACCGUAUCAUCGCCCUCGCUGAGCUCUCUGAUAUCCCCAUCCUCAUCGUCCACAUGUCGUCCAAGACCUCCACCGCGCACGUCAGGAGGGCGCAGACGCGGCUUCUGCCCAUUCACGCAGAGACGUGUCCCCAUUACCUCUAUCUAACAGCCGACGCCCUGAAGCCGUCUCAUCCGGCUACUGAUAGCUUCUCCGGUGCGAAACAUAUUUGCAGUCCGCCGUUGCGUGAGGACCGCAUGGAUUUGGAUGCCAUGUGGGCCGGUAUCGCCAACGGGACAUUCACGACAUUCAGUUCAGACCACGCGCCGAGUAAAUACAAUCAUCCUGACGGUAAGAAGGCGGGCCUGGGCAAGGAAGAUGGUUCCAUGCGGUAUGACCAGGUCCCGAAUGGGCUUCCCGGUGUUGAAACUCGAAUGCCAUUGCUGUUUGAAGGUGGUGUGCUGUCAGGUAGAGUGACGCCGCAAAAGUUUGUCGAGGUCACGGCGACGAACCCCGCAAAACUCUAUGGAUUGGGAGAUACCAAGGGUGCGAUCGCCGCCGGGUAUGAUGCUGACUUUGUCAUUUGGUACCCUACGGCUGAGCAGGUUGCUGCCAACGGCGGGACGAACUCUGCAAAGAUAGAGCCGUUCGUCUUGGAGAAUUCGAUGUUACAUCAUGAUAUCGACUACUCUCCUUUCGAGGGGAUGAAGUUUCAUAACUGGCCGCGCUUCACCAUCCUGCGAGGCAAGGUGAUUUGGGACCGCGAUGGCAGCGGUAUCGUUAGCAGUAUGGGAUAUGGAAACUUCUUGCGACGCGGUAAGAGCACUCUGAGCAAGCCGAGGAAUCAGUGGGUGAAUGAGUUUCAACCCCUGCCCAAAAAAUAGACAGUCUUUGUGUUCCUAUCCAUCCAUAAUACGUGCGAAAUAUGUAGCUUCGACCUUCUCUGACAUUCUGGAUCAGGAUUCAAUCCAUCACAUUAGCUCAAGUGUUUGAAUAGCCAAGAUUCUACGCUACAUCUCGAAGCUUAUCACAAUCUGAUCCGACUUCCGUUGCCCCGUACAGAGAUGACGCCGUCUCUGCAUAGCCACAGACAUGAUAAUGCUUAACAAAGCCCUCGCCGUAACCAGGAAGACGACUAAUACUUCGCGCACCAAAACUAUACAAAGGGUCGCUAUAUAUCGAACGAUUUUCAGCAACCGGUGUGAGGUACUCAAGCAUUCACAUGUCUGACACAUGGAGUCAAAGGUGUGGACGACUCAACGAUUGUUUGCUCUGU